AUGAGCACGCACUCCUCAUCACCGUCUUCUUCUGCUUCGUGUACAUCCUCAACUUCAUCGAGCAUUACCAUCCGAACUCCCACACCCGACUGGGGUACCAAAGCAUCAUCCUCACUUCAUACCUUCAUCACCUCGACACCUCCUCAGAAGAUGGACCACUCAUCAGGAUCUCCCACAUCUGAUACCGUGGGGGAUCUCUACCAAGACCAUGACGACAAUCCCACGGGAAAUUCGACAUAUAUCAUCCUCCACCAACCAACCAAUCUAGCGCUGAUGGUGAUUGGCGGAUGGCCUGCCCUCUAUAAAGUUCCGGUCAAUUUAGGAGAAGGCCAUCCCCUCAGAGGCAAAUGCAACUGGCAUUGGCAUUGUGUCGAAACGGACGGGUGGCUCGGCUUUCGCAAUGCCGCGGACGGACGGUAUCUCGGACUCAAUAUCGGUGACAAAGCCACUGCCUCCGAUCCGCUCUCUGGUAGCUAUUGGAAUGUCAGCGUCAAUCACGGGGAGUCGGAGCGGUUCAUAUGCGUCAGGGCGAAAGAAGAUGGAAAACACGAGGAAGAAUGUGAGACACCGCAGCCGAAUAAGCGCGGAUACAUCAUGUGUUCUCUACAAAUUCCGACAGAAUCAAAUUCAAAGGCAAUCCCACGGCUUGUCAAAGCAAGAUUGAAGCCAAAGGGCUCGGACUCGGGCUCGCAUUCGGAAGAAGACUGGGAAGAGGGGUUCCCAGUGUCGAUGGUUUGGCAGGAUGGACAGGAGGGGACGGUAUGGAGGUUUGUCAAAGUUUGA